UUAUUUUUUUAGAAGCAAAUGGGUAUCGUUCUCCAUUUGGUAUCUUAGGGUUGCGUUCAAGCAGCCUUUCGACGAUCUCAAAGGACUGAUUGCCCUCGAUGUUUCCGAAGCGCUCUUCAUUCUCUCUUCAAAUUCUGAAACUCUGUUUCGCAUAUCUGUGACCUUGAAGAACCUGAAUAAGCUGCUUUUUUCCUGAUUUCGAGAUUUGAGAAGAAAAAUAGGGAUGUCUACUCUUCAUUCUCCAAAUUACACUGCUUCUACUUCUUCUUAUAAUUGCUGUUUUGCUUCUUCCUCUUCCUCCUCCUCUUCUUCUUCUUCGUUAUUUGUGCACUAUCGGCGUAUAGGGGUACCUUCAGUAUCCACGACAUAUGAUCAGAAGAAGGUCUCUCUUCAAUAUAGAAAUGUCGUUCGCAUGCAAGAUGGUGCAGUAGCUGCAUCUGCUCCCUUGAAGACAAAGGAAUUGAAAAGAUUGAAGGAUGAGUUGCUGUCGGUUAAGUAUCCUGCGGAAUGUAAAGAUUCAACAGGUUUUGGUAGCAAAGAGGAGUCUACUGUCAGUAUUACUGUGGUUGGAGCUUCUGGGGAUCUUGCGAAAAAGAAGAUAUUCCCUGCAUUAUUUGCACUUUUUUACGAAGAUUGCCUGCCCAAGCAUUUUACUAUUUUUGGUUAUGCUCGGAGUAAGAUGACCGAUGCAGAACUUAGAAACAUGGUUAGCAAGACCCUUACUUGCAGAAUCGAUAAAAGGGAAAAUUGUAAUGAAAAGAUGGAACAAUUCCUUAAAAGAUGCUUCUACCAUUCUGGUCAGUAUGACUCUGAGGAAAAUUUUGCAGAAUUACACAAGAAACUGAUGGAACAUGAGGGUGGGAGGGUUUCAAACCGCCUUUUCUAUUUAUCAAUCCCACCAAAUGUAUUUAUUGAUGCUGUAAGAUGUGCAAGCUUGUCAGCUUCUUCUGCUAGUGGAUGGACUAGGGUUAUUGUGGAAAAGCCCUUCGGUCGAGAUUCUGAAUCCUCCGCUGCUUUGACGAGAGGGCUAAAACAAUACAUGGCAGAAGACCAGAUUUUCAGGAUUGACCACUAUUUAGGCAAAGAAUUAGUAGAAAACUUAUCUGUGCUUCGGUUCUCCAAUCUUAUUUUUGAACCUCUGUGGUCAAGACAGUAUAUAAGGAAUGUGCAGUUAAUCUUCUCUGAAGACUUUGGUACUGAAGGACGAGGAGGUUACUUUGACAAUUAUGGGAUCAUAAGGGACAUAAUGCAGAACCAUCUGUUGCAGAUACUAGCCCUUUUUGCCAUGGAAACUCCUGUCAGCUUGGACGCAGAAGAUAUCAGAAAUGAAAAGGUGAAGGUACUCCGGUCAAUGAGGCCGUUGCAACUUGGAGAUGUUGUGAUAGGGCAGUAUAAGAGUCACACAAAGGGGGGUAUUACAUACCCUGCCUACACAGAUGACCAGACUGUGCCAAAGGACAGCCCGACUCCAACCUUUGCUGCAGCUGCGCUCUUUAUAGAUAAUGCAAGAUGGGAUGGGGUUCCAUUUUUGAUGAAAGCUGGGAAAGCAUUGCAUACUAAGAGAGCUGAGAUAAGGGUACAGUUCAGACAUGUUCCUGGUAAUUUAUACAACAGGAGUUUCGGGACAGAUCUUGAUAGGUCAACCAAUGAGCUCGUUAUUCGAGUGCAGCCUGAUGAAGCUAUUUAUUUGAAGAUAAAUAACAAGGUCCCCGGUUUGGGCAUGAGGUUGGAUCGUAGUAAUUUGAAUCUUCACUAUGCAGCAAGGUAUUCCAAGGAGAUUCCAGAUGCAUACGAGAGGCUUCUGCUUGAUGCUAUUGAGGGGGAAAGGAGGUUGUUCAUACGGAGUGAUGAGUUGGAUGCUGCAUGGUCACUCUUCACACCUCUUUUGAAAGAACUGGAAGAGAAGAAGAUUAUCCCGGAGUACUAUCCUUAUGGGAGUAGGGGACCCGUUGGGGCUCACUAUCUUGCAGCCAGGUACAAUGUGCAAUGGGGUGACCUCCGCGCAGAGAGGCACCAAACCGAUUGAUGGAUGUCCAACUAACUAGCCAGUAACCUUUGCGGAGGGAGGAAAGCUUGGUGACCCCUUCCACCGGUAGGGCAGGCAGUAGAGGAUAUUACAUUAUUACCUAAGAUGCUAAUGGUAAGCCUUUUUGUUUUGUUUUGGGUUCACCCUCCCUUGUGUGGUUGGGGAAGUGGCAAAAUUGUGUGAAAGGCCCUACUUGAUAAUGGUUAAAUUUAUGUAUUCAUUUUUUUUUUUCUUUUCUUUCGGUAUUCUCUUUAGUCCGUCUCCCGGACCCCGGGAGUUAUUAUAAUGUGUUGAUGACUAUAGACUAUCCUUCUUGAUUUCGUUCUGUUUAUAUAUUCUAAAAAAAAAGAGGCAA